GCAGGAUCUAUGAUAUCUCUUUCCGCUAUGACUAUCCCCAUUCUCUUGGAGACUACAACUGAUGCUUUCCAGCUCCUUUGUCAGUGGACACGCGUGUAUUACUACGGGCAUCAUGUACUCCUGGGUAUAGCGAUUUGGACUUUUUUGUCGUACACUUUGGUAUGUUUCCGAAGGCGUAAAGCUGUAACGUCAAAACUAUGGCAUCUGCUUGCAGUUACCGUUCUCUCAACUGUGAGCAUCAUCCUAUUCACUCUGCUCAUCAUGAAACAUACGAAUGGAGAAAUUAUUCCGUAUGGAAUACAUGACGAGAAUGAUUCGGUCGGGAGAGCCCAGGGACCUAGAGAACUUGUCGUUUCGUGGGGUUUUAUGCACGCUGUGAGAUCUACAUUCCCUUUGGUUGGCGCUAUUCUUGGUGUUUUCUCCACAUCGUGA